CCUACCUGCUGCAGCUGCUCGACGAGUAGCAGAAGGUCAGGGACGACUAGAAGCAAGCUUCGACUUGCACAUUUCUGCCAAGGCCUUGUACAACGUAAAAGAAGCCGCCCCAAUGGAUUUUUGCAGCGAAGAAAAAGAUCAGGAUGGUGCCAGGUCUGCAGCUGUUGAGCGGUGGCUGCAGGAGCGGUGGGAGCAGGAGCUGCCAGUAGAACAUGAACUUGAAGAACAAACAGAGUCUGUAGUUUCCGGUCUUGCAGCGCCUCAGCAGUUGCAGUAUUGCGGACAAUUGGAGGAUGAGGAGCUGACGUUUGUGCGGCGACACCAGAACCGCCUGCAAAGAACGGAAGAUCAAAUAUGCACAUUGAAGGAGGAACGCAGGC